AUGGCUGGGAAUGUUAACAAUGAUGGUUGUUCUGUUCUCGUGAUUUCUCCUUUGAAGAGCAUUAUAAGUGAUCAAAUCUCUUAUCUUCAAUCGAUCAAUAAUACCGCAGUUGAAAUGUCGAACAAAACAUUCGUGGAUAUAGUGCGAUCACCGCCGCAAUUUAUUUACGCUACAGCGGACCAAGUUAUUGACCAAAAGUUCAUGAAAGAAAUUAAAAGCAUGACCAGCAUACUUCAUCAUAGUAUUGUUGCAGUUGUCAUGGAUGAAUCGCAUACUGUGGAGACGUGGGGUGCUAAAAGGUAUUUGGGGUUAUAAUAUUUAUUAUUCGCGAUUCUGUAUGUAAUACUUGCGAAUUGGAACUAAUGUAUUAAAUACGAGAGACCUGAUUGACAACAAGUAUGGUAUAUUAUUUGCUACUCAUUUUAUAGAAGGGGAUACACGAUCGAAUAAGAGUGAAAUAUUCCGUAGUGCAUAUGGAAAAUUAUCAAUGCUACGAUCCGUUUGCAAGCAAGGUACACGUUUGUUAAUUAACUAUAGGCUGCAUGAAAAAUCAUAUGUUCCAACCAUGUUAUUGAAUAAAGUAUUGUGCUAAGAAUGUUCAGCAGGUGAAUUUCAAUUGAUGAUUAUUUGCUUUAGUAUCCUAUUAUUUAUAAUACUAAAUGAACAAUUAUUGAUUUAUAAAAUGAAUACAUUCAAUUGAAAGAAACAUGAAAAUACUUCUCGUAGAGAUGAAUGGAUCAGAAACAAAAUAACAGGCAUUUAUAGAAGUCAGAUUGGAUUGCUACUUGGAUCGAACCAGGGGCUGGACGCUAACCCCAGCCCUAAACCCAAGCAUAACCAGCAGCAGGUCAAUGAUCGAUCCGGGUUUUUUGUUUGAUCUGGCCCAGGCCAACUACGAUAUCCAAUCCGACUUUUAGGCAGGUCCUCACAAUAACUGGGUUAUUGAACAAAAUGAAUAAGUUAUCUAUUUUGAGACAAAAUAACUCUUUUCAUAUGCCACUGAAAUUCUGCUAUAGACAUUCCAAACAUCUGAAACUGUGAUGUGCGUGAAUGUUACAAUAGUUUGCCCUACUGGUGGCAUCACAGGGCAAAUGAUGACUAACCUGCAAAUCAACUUCCCUGCAAUAAAGGUCUAGGUUGGGGCCCAAGCAGUUGUGUCCAUCAAUACCAACCUGUUAUGCAGGGUAAACCACAAUUUUAACUUUUUUGUUCAACAAUGUCUCAUUUAGGUACACCUUUCUCAGCUCUCACAGGAACAGCCGAUGAAAGCACAGAAAAAGAAGUUUCAAUGAGCUUGAAUAUGGUUGAUCACCAAAGAGUGUUUGUCAGUCCAAAUCGAACAAAUUUCCAUUUCCAUGUGGAGAAGGUACAAAAAGCAUGUAUGUUGUCACAACUAGACUGGAUUGUGAUUUGUUAAAGAAAAUGGGGUAAAUACUCCCAAGGUUAUUGUGUUUUGCAGCAAUCUAUAUGCAAGUGCUAGUGUUAUGAACUACUUAAUGAUGCAGCUGGGCCAUAAUGCAUUUUAUCCACCAACAUCACGUGAAAGAAAACAUUGUUUAAUAGGAAUUUUCCAUUCUGCUACACUUCCAAAGUAUAAAGAGAAACUCCUACAGUGUUUCAAAGACACGAAUGGGUCAAUAAGGGUUACUGUUGCAACAAUUGCACUAAGUAUGGGGGUUAACUUCACCGAUAUUAGAUUUGUGGUUAUGUGGGGACCACCAAGAAGCAUACUGGACUUUCAUCAAGAAGCUGGGCGUGCAGGACGAGACAAUAAACCAGCUGAUGUGAUACUUUAUUAUUAUGGUCAACAAAUUGUGCACUGCGACUCGUCGCAGUUAUGUGGAGUUUUUUGAAAUGUGAAAGCUGUUAUCAUGUUGCAAGCUAUUCUUCAUUGGAUUCAAAUAUAGUGUCGCUUGUUCCUGCUCAUGACUGUUGUCAGUUUUGUGCAAAGUCUUGUGACUGCAGCAAUGGGUCAUGUGAACAACAUAUAAAGUAAUUUAAGAUAGAUUGUACUGUCAGGGAAUAUGAUCAUCCAUGCAGAGCUGUGUCAGAGUCUGACAAGCAUGAACUGCAAAGUGCCUUAGAAGAAUUACAAAACACAUUAACAAAAAAUCCUGAUAGAAGUGCUUUUGGAACUACAUUUUCUCAAGGAUUUUCUUCAGAACUAAUAUCAGAUGUUAUUCAAUAUUCAAAUAGGAUUUUUUCACUUGAAGAUAUCUUAACACAUACCCCAGUGUUCAACUUACAUCAUGCAAUUCAGAUAUUUGAAAUUACUGCUGAAAUGUUUGAUGACAUUGAUGAAUAUCAUCUCACGAAUAAUGCUCCCAAUUUAGAAAACCUGGGAUUCAGUUAUACAUGUAUUGAUGAACUUUUGAAUGUUGAUUAUGACAGUUCUAAUGUGGAAACGUUGCCUGACCCAGAUCUCUAA